AUGAACGAUGAUGGUGGUGUUGUUUGUGACGGUGGUGGUUGUGGUGGUAGUGGUAGUGGUGGUAGUGGUGGUGGUGGUGGUGGUGGUGGUGGUGGUGGUGGUGGUGGUGGUGGUGGUGGUGGAAUAUACCAGGGGCGAGUAUGGUUUAAAAAUACAACCUCGUAGCUUUGCACACGCGUUACGACAGUCGAAGCCCUUGGUUAUAUAUUGAGCUCUGUAGGACACAAAUGAGCAAUAUCUUCGUUCCUCUUUGCACAGUUAGUACAACCGCAUUGUGUUGUCCUUCGCUAAAAGCAACGUUUGUGAAAUCGCAAGUCAGAAGGAAAUUCUAAGUAGGUUGGCAUUUGUAGAGUUUCUACAUACGUAUCGUUGAUGCAGACAGCUAUAGACAAACUUUAAAAACAGAUAAUAACCUUUUAUUAUCUAAACCAAAUAUAACAGGAUGUGUAAAGCUGAUGAAUAAUGCAAGCUAAUUGCGAAACUUGCCCAAAGCGCCACUAAGCAGAAACAGAAAUACCCGAAUCAGGGUCAACCAACGAGGACUCGGCAUUAUAUACCGCCUUCAACUAACUGAUUCGUAUUUGGACAACCCUAUAUUGUUUACAUAGCCGCAUCUUAGCUUUAACUGGUAUUUUAUUGGGCAAAACCCUCGUCAAGUAAUAGUUUACGCAGUGGGAAAGCACAAUAUCUGUGUUCGUCGUCGGCAUGUGAGAAGCGAAUAUAACCACUACAGUUAAAAUUAUAAAAAACCCCGCAAUUCCACGCCAUUUUUCAUCUAAGUCCCUGUAUCCUUCGCACAUCCUGGAGAAUAUCGCAAUUGCCAAACUUUCCAUUUAUGAAUGAAAUAAUUUGCACGAAAAUUAAAUCAGCUAUGAGAUAAUUGGCUUACAAUGGUAGACACACUCGACUUCAAAAAGCAAGGACUUGCGAAAAAAAAUUGGACGAAGAGAUUUAAGUGAUUCCAUAGAAACCCUCUCGGCUAAGCACUGUGAAGGAAGUCUUCAAAUAUUUCAUGAUUAGAUAAUAUGUGUACUGUGUAAUAUUGCAUAUUAAAAUAUGACUGCGUCUUUAUAAGGAGGUCUCCUCAAACAUUGGUUAAAAUUAAGAAAUUUUUGAGGACGUAAUAUGGACUUUUGAAAGUAAUAGCUAGCAAUAAUUCUUUCUUUCGUGACCUACAGUAGAUGGGCAAAUUAACUAGUGUCAGCCGACGUUUUGAAACGCGUUCUAGUUUUAAAAAUUUUAAUUAAGUAUUUUUGUAAAACUAAUCGUCAUGCAGCAUAAUUCUAUAAUAAUCUAGUUACCGCAGCGUACCGCCUUUCCAACUAACUUGUUUGCGGUUGCAUGCAAGAAACCCACUCUGAAAAACAGGAGUACUUAAAUAGCAUGAUAUUGUUCCGUUGAUUUUCGACGCCCUUAAAUGUUCAGAUAUAUUUUACAGAAAACAUGCAUGAAAUAUUCGCUCCUUUACUCAGUUGGAACGAAAUUGUGUCUUCUUCCACAUGUAUCCUCAAAGGAGGGAUAUAAUUUUUUUUUCAAAAACGUUUUCAAAUCCCGAAUAAUUUUGAACCGCACCUGCUGUUAACAGUAGCGAGUGCUUUAUUGUGUUAUUGGAUAUCACAGCAAAAAUAUUAAGACUCGCGGUUUGGCCAGUCAUUGCAUAUGAAGACGCAUUUUUUGAAGACAUUAAUGGUUCUAUGUAUUCGUUUUAUUUAAGUGCAUGGAUGCAGUUCGCUGGAGCAAAUUUCGAAGUCGUUGUAGGAGCUAUGUUGAACUAAACGACUAAAUAACAAGGCCUUGUUUAACCUCUUUCGACCAGGCGACACAAAUGGUCACACUUGACGUGUUGAUCAAAGAUCUUUGCAUAUCCCUUUCGUCCAUAAACCUCAUACGACUCGCACAAUUUGUUGCCUUUUUCUCAAAAAUAUACCGCAGUUUUUUCCUUUUAUUUCCCAAAAAGCAUGAAAUACUUUAUCGUCAACAUAAGAACGAUAAUAGGCAAGGGAAGGGGCAUGUGAACUCAUUUACGAUGAUCAUGAUAAAUGAACGAUGAUGGUGGUGUUGUUUGUGACGGUGGUGGUUGUGGCGGUGGUUGAAGCGGAAGUGGUGGUGGUGUUGGAGUUAAUAGAAUAUAAAAGAGGCAAAUAGAGAUUAAAAUACAACCUCGUUGCUUUGCACACGCGUCACAACAGCCUUGGCCCUUGGUUUUAUCUUGAGCUCUGUAGGACACAAAUGAGCAGUGUCUAUGUUCCUCAUUGCACAGCUGGUAUAACCACAUCGCGUUCUCCUAUGCUUAAAUCAACGUUUGUGAAAUUGCAAGUUAGAAGUAAGGUCUGAGUAGGUUGGCGUGUGUUAAUUUUCUACAUGCGUAUCGUUGAUGCAAACGGCCAUGGAUAAACUUUAGAAACAGAUAAUAACCUUUUUUAAUUCAAACCAAAUAUAACAGGAUGAGUAAAGCUGAUAAAUAAUGCAAGCAAAUUGCGAAACUUGCCCAAACCCCGAUAAUUUUUUGAAGCGAACCUGCUGUUUAACUUUACUUCAGAGUUUCAAUCUAGAAGCCGUAUACUUUCCGCGUACAUAAAAGCAUACAUUGCUCUGUAGUAUAAGGAGGAGACUAUAAGUGUUCACAAAGUGUAGCAGGGGAUUUGAGCCGAAUUGUUAACUGUGCAAGCCACAUUGUUAAAUGCGGAUACAUGCUGCUUUAUGAACACGUAUUUCACGGUAUCAAAAUAUCUUACAAUAAGGAAAUUUUUUGAAACCGAAUUAUAGCCUUUCUUUGAGUAUAACCUUGGUAUAAGACGUAUCUUUCUAUCCAAUGAGCAAACAAUGACGAAUUUUAUGCAUGUUUUCCAUAAAAUAUAAUUAGCCCCACUUGGAAUAUGGCAUGUAAGCAUGGCGGCCGUGGCUAGUAAAAGACCAAACAUGCCUUGAACAAGUUAAACGGCGUGCAACAAUGCUAGUAAACGGUCUAAAAUACCAAUCAUACACAGACAGACUGAAUUUCCUUGAUUUAUUCCCUCUGCGUUACAAGCAGCUAAGAGGUGAUCUUAUCCUCGUCUACAUGAUAAUACAUGGCCUUGAGUAUGGACUUAACUUUAAGGACAUGUUUUAGUAGCACCUUUCACCCAUCUCCGUGGUGAGUCGAUUAAGUUACGGACAACAAUGUCCAGGCUUAAUCUUCGUUCUGAAUUUUUCACUCAGAAGGUAUUGGAGAAAUGGAACGAUCUCUCUCAGUCAGUCGUGGAGGCUACGUCCCUGCAACUCUUCAAGAAACGCUUGGAUGAUUAUGUGUGUCCUCUGUUUUCCAUCGACAGUCUGACUCUGAAUUAA